AUGAAUAAAGUCUUGAAGAAAAUCCUUAAAUAAUAUAUAUUAGUUGGAAAUCAAGUAGAGGGUAAAUAUCUAAUUCCUAGUCCUCCUUCUAGAGUGGCAUCACCUUUUAUCUUAUAUUUGAAUGAGUAAUAAAAAAAAUUAAAAUCAGAAUUACAAUAAAAAGUAGAAUAAAGAGAUAUUAUUAAAUUACUUAAUCAACAUUAUAAGCUUAAGACUUAAGAAGAAAAAUAAAAAUAUUUUGAUUAAUAUAGAAUAUCUCUAUUGAAAUAUAUGUAAGAAAAGAGAAUUUAUGAUUAUACUUUUAAAUAUAAUCAAAAUAAUGGAAUUAAAAGAUUAGAGACAGCUUAUGUAACAAUGAAAAGAAGUGAAAAAAGGAAUUUAAAUAAUGAAUAAAUGAGUAUUGAAUAAAUAAGAGAAUAAUUUGGUAAAUAGUAAUUUGAAUUGAGUUAAGUAAAAUUAAUAGAUGCUACUCCAGAAGAAUUAGAAAUUGCUAAUCAAGUUUUCAAUCUAAUCACUUUACAUUAAAUUUAAAUAAAAAUAAAUUGUCAAUAAUAUUAAAUACCUGAUUUAUUCAAUUAAUCAUAAUUUAGAAAGAAAUGUAAAGAAUUUACAUAAAGUUUUUUGAGAUCAUAAAAAUAAGAAUUAACAUUCUAAUAAUAUUUGAUUUAAUUCUAAGAAAUGAAAGAGGAUUAAUUGAUCUAAUAUAAUAAUGAAUUAUAAGAAUUAAGUAAAAAAUUAAAUGAUGAUCCAUCAAAUAUUGAAUUAGCUAUUAUUUUAAAUUUAGAUAAACCAAAAAAGAAAGAAGAGAAAUCUAGAAAAAGAAGUGUAAAUGUGGAUUCUUAAAAUAAAUUCUUAAAUGUUUUAACUGAAUACUUUAAAGAUGACCCAUGA